AUGGGUGAUGGAGAAAAAGCUAUUGCUUGUGAAUUAGACUUUUGUAAGUUAUAUGGUGAUUAUAGCAGGAAGCAUGAGGGACUACAGUUCCAUCCCAGAGCAACAUUUAACAAUCGCUACUGUUGCAAUAAAACAAGUGGAAAAUAUGAAAUCUUACCUUUAUAUGAUGAUAUACAAUAUAAAAAAGUAUUAAGAAUGGAAAAACAACAAUUUAAUAGUUCUAAAGAUGAUAUCAUGAGUAUUUGUUCUCGAUUUGGAGUAUCAGAAGGUUCUGUAAUUCUUUAUGUUAAUUGUGUAAUAAAAGCAAUAAAAAAUAAAAAAUCAGAAUUUGUUCAAUGGCCUAAAGACAAUAAUCAAAGUGUUAUUCAUACGGGAUUUCAAAAUAUUGGUGGAUUUCAAAAUGUUAUAGGAGCUAUAGAUAGAACUCAUUUUAUUUUAACUGAGGCAUCAACAUAA